AGUGAGCAACCCACUAUACGCUGAGCAGAUCAUUCUUUUUAGAAUGUCAAGAUCCAGUCCUUUCCGUGUCACUUCCAAAAUCCCAACAACAGGAAGCCUGUGUUUGCCGCUGUUCCAGCUGGUGCUCUCAGAUCUAUCCUGUGAAGAAAAUGAAAUGUGUGUAAAUUAUAAUGACCAACAUCCUGAUGUCUGGUAUAUCUGGUUCCUACUGUGGAUUUUCUUGGUGGUUCUCCUCUGUGGAGUAGUGCUUCUCUGUCUCCGGUGCUGGCUGAAAAGGUGCCGAAUUGAUCCUCCCAGGCGUACCAUGGCUGUUUUUGCUAUUGGAGACUUGGAUCUCAUUCCUGGUACAGAAAUGGCUGGAAGUCCAGCAGCUGGAAUCUGCCUUCCUACUCCAAACACUGAACUGUGUCCUACUCCAUGUUUUGGUGCGUUAGGUCCUCCACCUCCGUAUGAAGAAACUCUAAAAACAACCUGAUUGUAGCCAGAAUCAAUAGUGAAAUGUGUUAGAAAUAUUUGUAAAUUCAGACAUCUAUUUUUAGGCACAA